AUGGAUGAUGAAAAAGGAACGACGAAGAAGAAGAAGGGCUUCUUUGGCGGUAUUCUGCGCACAAAGAGUCUUGCGUCAAAGGGUCUCAAGGCCUUUAGGGACCGAGGAAGCUCCUCUUCAGAUGAGGAUAAGGUGAAACAGGAUAAGGCGACAUCGCGACAGGCACCUCCUAAUGAAGCGCCCGGCAAGGUUAGGAAGGCGCCGAAGAGACCGAAUGGUAACGGCUUUGAAGCGCCGCGCAAGCCUCAUGGUGAUGCGCAGAGACGAGUCAACGGUGAUGAGGCACCUAGGCGGGUCAACUUUGAGAACAGUCCGCGAAACGGAGGUGACGCUCCUCGAAGGGUUGAUAUUGGCGACGUCCAGCGAAACGGGGGAGACCAUGCGCCGCGGAAAAUGAAUGGGAAUAGCAAUGUCCCUCCGCACAAGGCCAGUCGGACGAGUAAACCUGCGCCGGCUCCUGUGGUGGAAGAACCACGACCUUCGCGGAGACGCCCGCGACGUUCAAAACCCGAAUCAGAAGGUGUUGACGAAUAUGGUAGUCCAAAUGGGGGACGACACAAGAACGGCGUUCAAGAGGACAGAGUUGAAACGCCGCCGCCGCCGGUAUUGACAGAAUGGCCGCCACCAGGAUUACCUGAUGAUGAGGAAUUACCACCCCAGCAUGCCAUGGAACUUAUUGCCCGUGGGGCACCAUUGUAUAAAGGGCACAAGAGAGCUAUUCCACAUGCACCAGAGCAUUACUACGCCUUGUACGCGACAACAUCGAGCAGUCGACCUGACGACUCGGACGCCAUAAGUCUCCAUGACUCCAUGUCCUCGCUCAUGACACUACGCCUUCAGGGCCCAGGCAGGCCGUCUGCACCCUGGGAGUCAUUAGAACAACCCAGCUGCGCAUUCUUAUACGGCCAACGACCAGGAACUAUAACCCUCAACCAAUGGGUAUCCAUGUCGUCUUCCCUUCCGCCGAGCAUCGCCCUUCGAGACUCGGGUGUCCUCCCGCGCAGCAUGGACCUGUCCCGCAUUUUGGAGCGCCUAAAAGAACUUCAAGCAGGCUUGGAAGACGACGACGAGAACCUCUUGUACAGGAUUCUGUACAAGCGGAUGCUUCGUGACCCGGAGCGCAUCCUCAACCCGCACAAGACUCUUGAUAAGCAAAUAACCGAUUUGCUGCUCGUCUUGUCGCGGCCGGACUGGAUUGACUUUACAGAACCAAAGAACCAGGUCGUUACGAGAUUUAUAUUCAACCCGGAGGAUAUCAAUCCUGAUGUGUAUCGCAAGUUUUUCCACCAGCUGCUGCUGAGUUUGGAGCUGGAUUUGAGGAUCCAUUCGAGGAGCCAUGGGGAGUGGGCGAGGGAGAGGCUGUUGGGUCAGAUUCCGCCGACUAUUCGGUGGAAUUUGGCGUUGGCGAGGAGGUGGAGGGAGCAUGUGCGGGUUGAUGGGUUUGGGGGGACGCCGGAACAGACAAAUCUGCGGUACAAGUUGAAAAAGAGACAGGUCAAAGUUCUGAAGCGGUUCGCCCAAGCCAUGAAGUGGCCGAAUUUGAAUGCCACCAUGGAGAACUUGAGGGUUCACGAUGAAGAGUUUCGUUUAGACGCAAUUAGCUCUGACGCUUUUGCAUUCUUUAGCGGUCUCGUACUACCGGGACCCACAUUCCCGUUCCUCAUCAUGAACACCCUCAUCGACCUGGAUCCCGACUCGGCAACCGACGACCUCGCUCUCCUCUCCCACCUCCACCCGCAAAGCGGCUUCCAGUACCGUAAUAGCCAUACAUACUGGUCAGCAAGCUGCAUUGUCGGCAAAGUCCUCGCCCCAACAUGCCGCAGCGUAGCAGGCUGGAUCGGCCCAGCCCGGCCAACCAGCGAUCUGGGCCGCUCGCAAAUCGCACGCAUCCGCACCCGCCGCCCCAAACAGAUGGACCGCCGCAUGAGCCCCUCGGACGUGGAGGACAUGAAGGACAGAUCAGACCCCCUCGGCCCUACCGCCCAGUCCUACCCCAUAGACGAGUACACCCUCGUCGUGCCGGACGAAGAGUCCCUGGAAGUGGACACGGUGCGCAUCGAACUCGCGGGUUUCAAGCCUGUCGUCACAAUGGCCGACGAGGCAACCUCCAAUCCUGGCCCGCGGCUGUUCGACGCAACCGUGCAGUUUGCCAUAGACGGCAUGUCCUGGCCCCUGAGGCUCAUGUACGAUGUGUCCUUUGUGAUGGCCUGGCCGUGCUCGCAGCCCCCGCACCCGCUGUUCUUCGACUACGUGUACCGCGUGGUCACGGCGGAUGAGGUUGUCCGCGUGAGGGAUUGGGGAGGCCUGUAUUACAAGAAUCUGAGGAAGGGGUCUACCAGUGCGAGGUCUAGUCCUGCGCCGCCGCUUCUGAAUAUGGGGUAUGACGAGGACUUUGAUUUUAUUGAUGAUGAUGGCGAUGACGAGAAGGUGCUUGUUGUGGAGGCGUAUGGGGUGGCGGACAAUGAGGUGUUGGCGAGGGCGUGGUGCUCGCAUUGGGGGUUGAGUGCUGUGGUGGCUGAUAUACGGAAGACAUGUAUGGCGUGUGCUAUACGGGAAGCGUAUGCUGCUACGAUUACGGUGGUUAUAUUGGUUGAUUCGCGGUGUGAUGGGGAGUUGGAGCCGUGA